AUGAGCCUCCGGGCCGCGGAUACAGACAAGUUCCGGGGCGCCUCAGAUAAGGUCGAGCAAGUAGAAACCACAUCGGAGCAGGUGCUGGCCGCCGGCGCUGGCGUCGGCAACGGCGUCGCGACCUUGGACGCCUCCGCGCAUGACAAGCAGCCGCGGCUGCUGGACCAGCAAAAGCCCUCGAUCAAUGCGUACAACAUCUGGGACAGCGGCAGCGGCGGGCUCAGCGGCGGAGAGGCGGCACGGGUGGUGGGCGGCCGUGGGAGGCAGCUGCAUCUGGGGGCAUACGACAACGAGGAGGAGGCUGCCAGGGUGUACGACCGCGCCGCCCUGGCCUUCUUCAAGCUCGACUCGGCGCUCAACUUCCCUGUCGCUGACUACGAGGAGGAGCUGCCGGAGCUGCUGGCCACGACUGACCGCUCCCAGGCCGUCUCAUCCCUCAGGGGGCGCUUCCAAUACGGCAGCCCUUGUGCCAGCAGUAGCCGCUACCGGGGCGUGAGCCUGCAUUCGACCGGUCGCUGGGAGGCGCGCGUACGUCUGGCGCCACCAGAGGCGGGGAGAUGCUGCGUGGCGGCGUGCGACAUUGGGCCACAAGCGUUGCUGGGGCUGUUUGACACCCAGGAGCAGGCUGCCACCCCAUAUGAUGCGGCGGCCGCCCGCCUGCACGGCUCAAGGGCUUCUCUCAACUUCGGCCCCAGCGGGAGGCCCGCCAUGCCGGCAGCCAGCCCGGGCCUGGCAGCAGCGGCGGCUGUGGAUUCCAGUCUCGGAGACCUGCAGGCUGCCGGCCUCUCCGCCGGCCUGGCGACCACUGAGGACGGCAAUGACAGGGACGCAAAGGCGCAAGCGGCUGCUGAGGCCGCGGCCGCCGAGGCGGCAGCGGCAGCGGAGGCGGCUGCGGCGCUCACGCGUGAGCACAGCCGCAACGCUGAUGAGGGGUUUGAUGCGCAUCGGCAGGCGCCUGCGCAGGCAGAGGCUGCGGCGCAGCACCCCCAGGCCGCCUCCACCGACGAGCCGCCCAGCGCCGCUGCCAGCCGCAGCACCGGCGCGCCGCCGCACGCCGCCGCCGCGGCCGGCGCACCGCGGCGGCUGCCGACGCUGCCGGAUGUGUGGCCCCCUGAGGACGCCUUGGCCGACCCCAGGGCCAAGGCCGCCGCGUUCAACGGCGUCCUGGCGCUGCUGAAGGCAGUGGAGUCAGACAGUGCGACGUGUGUGCUCGUCUUUAGGGCGCUGAACAAGCAGCUCAGGGACCCGGCGCGUGCGGCGCACUUUUUUGCUGUGCCUUACCAAUUUAUGCGGUGGUGCUGCGCCGAGGGGGACGCGGAGGGGGUGAGGACGGCGCUCCAGGCGGUGGCCAUGAGCGCAGAGCGCUGA